CUUACUUUUUCCAAGUGGAGUGCUCUUUUGGCCAACUACAAACAUUUAAAACCAAAUUAAAAUUCUUUAACAAUGAAAUGCGUUUCAAUUUAUUGAUUUCUCGUCAAUUUUCUACUCUCAUCCAAACCCAUAUAUCUUCAUCCCUCGACAUCAAAAUCAAAGCCUUGGUUCAACAGGGACACUAUCAAGAAGCCCUCAAAGCAUCCACCAAAGCAUCCAAUUUUUCAAAAUUCACCUUCCCUUCUCUCCUCAAAGCCUGUGCUUCUCUGGAGAAUCUCCGGUAUGGCAAAACACUUCACUCGGAAAUCAUCAAGACGGGCCUUAUUUUUGACCCUUACAUUACUGCUUCACUCAUCAAUAUGUAUGUGAAAUGUGGGUCACUUUGCAUUGCAGUCAAACUGUUUGAAAAUGUGUCUCAUUGUGAAGUUUUGGUUCAAGAUGUCACGCUUUGGAAUUCUAUGAUCGAUGGCUUCUUGAAAAAUGGAUAUUUUGAGGAGGGUGUGGUUCAGUUCCGUCGAAUGCAGGUGUCGAAUGUCAAGCCUGAUGGGUACACUUUGUGUAUUCUUCUUGGAGUGUGUAAUGGCAUUUCGAAUUUUUCAUAUGGGAGGAAAAUUCAUGGUUAUGUCGUAAGAAACAUUUUUGAUGAUGACCCUUUUGUAAUCACUGCGCUGAUUGAUAUGUAUUCAAACUUUAAUAGGCCAGUGGAUGCUUGGAAUGUUUUUGAAAAGGUGGAAAAUAACUGUAACAUUGCAGUGUGGAAUGCAAUGAUCAAUGGCUUCGGCAAAAAGGGAUUCUGGAGAGAUGCCUUCGAGUUGUACUCUAUGGUAAAAUUUAAGGGUCUUGAAUUGGGAUCCACAUCAUUUUCGACUGUUCUAACAGCCUGUUCACAGGGUGAGGAUAUAGAUUGCGGUAGACAGCUCCAUUGUGAUGUGAUUAAGGCAGGUUUUGAGAGUGAUCCUUAUGUCAGUACUUCUCUUUUAACGUUGUAUUCAAAAUGUGGAUUUGUGGAAGAUGCAGAGAAACUUUUUCAUUCAAUAGCAGGUAAAGAGGUUGGAAUGUGGAAUAGUAUGAUCUCGGCGUAUGUUAAUUGUGAAUGCCCUCAUAGUGCAGUGGAAGUCUAUUAUCAGAUGCGAUUUAGAGCAAUCACACCUGAUUCUUUCACCAUAUCCAAUGUAUUGAUAGCUUGCAGUAUGAUUGGAUCAAUUGAGUUUGGUAGGAUGAUUCACGGGGAAUUGUGGAAGAGACCAAUAAAGGAUAAUGUUUCAGUGCAAAGUGCCCUGUUGACGAUGUACUCAAGGUUUGGGAGAUUGGAGGAUGCAUUUGAACUUUUUGUUAAAAUGAAGGAAAAGGAUAUUGUAACAUGGGGCUCUAUGAUAUCGGGUAAUUGUGAGAAUAGAAAAUUCAAGGAAGCACUAGAUUUAUUUAAAGCAAUGAAGUCUGAUGGUGUGGAACUAGAUCCUAAUGUUAUAGCAAGUGCAAUCAAUGCUUGUGUAGAACUUAAUGAUACCAAACUAGGUUGCUGUAUUCAUGGAUUCACAAUUAAGAAAGGACUGGAAUCAGAUGUUUUUACGGGUAGUUCUCUGAUAGAGUUAUAUUCUAAAUGUGGACAACCAGAAAAGGCUGGAAAUGUUUUUUCUGAUGUCUCAAAUAAGAAUUUGGUGGUCUGGAAUUCGUUAAUUUCAUGCUAUUGCCAGAAUGGCAUCCCAGAUGUCUCCAUUAGUCUUUUUCCUCAGAUUCUGCAGAAUGGCUUGUACCCAGACUCUGUUUCAAUCACCAGUGUCCUUUCUGCAGUUUCAUCGGUGGCAGCAUUGCUCAAGGGAAAGGCGGUACACAGUUACUAUAUAAGACUCCAAAUUCCUGAAGAUAUUCAAGUAGAAAAUGCAUUACUAAACAUGUACCUCAAGUGUGGAUUCUUAAAACAUGCACAACAUUUGUUUCAAAUUAUGUCGAAAAGAAACGUCAUAACUUGGAAUUCAAUGAUUGCUGGUUAUGGAUCACAUGGUGAAAUCCAUAAAGCCAUCAAAUUGUUCGACGAGAUGAGAAAUUCAGGAACAGUACCUGAUGAAGUAACAUUCCUUUCCUUGAUUUCCUCUUGCAAUCAUGCUGGUUUCACUGAUGUAGGUCUCCAUCUAUUUCAUUUAAUGAGAGAACACAGACUUGAACCCAAAAUGGAGCACCACAUAAAUAUAGUGGACUUGCUGGGCCGUGCUGGACGCUUAGAGGAUGCUCUUAGUUUCAUACAGAAUAUGUUCAUUGCACCAGACCGUGGCAUAUGGCUAUCUUUAUUGUCUGCCUGUCGAAUUCAUCACAAUGUUGAGCUUGGAGAGUUGGCUGCUGAUAACUUGCUAAAGUUAGAACCAACCAGAGGCAGCAAUUACGUUCAACUGUUAAACCUAUAUGUAGAAGUUGGAUUACUGGAGAAAGCCGCUAACUUAAGGGCAUUGAUGAGGCAAAAGGGACUGACAAAGGUCCCUGGAUGCAGUUGGAUCGAGCUGAAAAAUAAAGUUGAUGUUUUCUACUCGGAGGAUUCAUCCUGUCCAAGUGCGGUUGAGAUUUAUGAUACUCUCGAUAGACUUAAGAAUAACAUGAAGAAGGUAAAAUUGUAUUCUGAAGCUGGCGAGGCAUUACAAGAAUCCGGAUGAUGGAUGCACUUUUUUAGUCUAACCAGCACUUUGGGAUGUUUUGACACAAUUAGCAACGGCUCACAUAUGCCCCCAAAGGAACUGGAGUGAGAAGUCCAUCUGAAACUGGACGAGUUAGCCAUAAGUUGAGCAAAUGAAGAGUCGGCAAUGAUACGGUGGACCUCCAACUGUAGGUUACUGCAAGAACCUAUCUUGUCAUCUUGAUCUUGAAAGUCAAUUGAAUUUCCAUUGAAUCUGGAAUAUUGAGAGGCAAGAGUUCAAGAUUACAACCGCCAUGGAAAUAAAAUAGGUAGCAAUGCUGAGCAACAUGCAAUUGAUCUGAGUAUAUGCUGCUUGUAGUUUAGGGGAAACAGAAAUGAUAACCAUCUGAGUGCUUGAGCCUUGGUCAUUGACGGCUUUUCUACAUACACUAGGAUUCGGCACGCCAUUUUUCUUCUGGUUCAUAGGAUUCUGCAUUAUUAUGACAUGAUUGUAUACAGUGGAUGAUGUUGAAAUUGCGACAGUUCCUGAACAAGAAAACCAACUAAAACUAGACAUUGUCGUCAAAAUUGUCAAAGUUAAUUGUUAUUCGAAUCCAUUUAGAUAUUCUUUAUCUUUCUUUUUACACAGAUUCCGAAGUAUCUAGAUAUUUUUGUCAAAUUAGGCAAAGUUGAUAAAGUUCCUAAUUUAUUGAACAAUAGUCUUCUUCGACGCCUUUGUUUAGAUUGUUUAGCAGGCUUUUAAUAA